AUCACUUGAUAAAGCAGUAAGCGAUCGAAGCAUGCCAUCAGUAGGGUUUUCGUCUCUGAAUCACAAUAAACUUUUGUAGCACGAAAACCUCAGUUUGCUUCCGUGCGCCGAUACACUCGCCAGUUUACACGAAAAAUCCGUUUAUCAAUAUCAAUCCAAAUAAAUUCGCAGCCAUGGUGACAGGUUAUUUAAUAAUGCAUAUAAACGCGACGACGAUAACGUAACAAAUAAACUAAAAUAACGAUAUUAGGGGAACGUACCAAAAAUGCUAUGGUGGAAACAACUGGAAUGUGUAAAAUAUAACGUUAUGAUGUUGGAACAAGAGGAACAACGAAGGGACUACCUAGAUAACACCACAGUUACGUUGACACUCCCUACCAGGGAUCCGGUAUUGCAAGAUAACUUAUUGAUAGCGAAUAUAGAUCAAGUGAAAACUUUGCAAGCUUCACUCUUUCCUGUAUGCAAUAAAGGGACAUUCAUAUCUAAUUUUCUUCACAACAACAUUAAAACCAAUCAAUUGGAAAUAAACACUGACAUAAAAACUUUCAAGACCACAGCAAAACUUCGAGAGCCGCGAGACUUGUUUGCUCUUCCAAAAGAGCUUGAUUGCCCGCAACAAGCGCCGAGAUGGCCGUCAGAAUGUCAGGUUGUAGAGGAAAGAAUACAACAUAUAAUGUGGAGUCCGGCAUCGCCCGAGCCUUAUUACGUGUCAACGGGAAAGGAGUUGAAGCCUCAACCAGUUGGAGAAGAGGCUGGCACGGUGAUUUUCCAGUACUAUCCCAUGAGUGCAGUGAACUAUUUUAGUCGGUCUUCAGUAGGCGGGUCCCGUUUAUAUCUCUCAGCGUGUACCAGUGCUGGAGGAGACGAUGAACUGCGAUUCGAAUCACGCUUCGAAAGCGGCAAUUUGGCGAAGGCAAUUAAAAUUACGUCCGCUUACUAUGAACUUCACCUCCGCACCGAUAUAUACACCAACAGACAUAUGCAAUGGUUUUACUUCAGGGUUACCAACACUAAAAAGCAAAUGAUGUACAGAUUUUCUAUAGUAAAUCUUUCAAAACCUGAAAGUCUGUACAAUGAAGGUAUGCGACCUUUAUUAUACUCGACGAAGGACGCUCAGCUACAUUCGAUCGGUUGGCGACGUUGCGGAGAUAACAUCGCUUACUACAAAAAUGACUCAACGUGUGAAGAGGAAGAGCAAUAUCCAAGCUACACUUUAACAUUCAACAUUGAGUUCCCGCAUACAGAUGAUGCUGUAUACAUAGCACAUUGUUACCCAUACACAUAUUCAGAUUUACAAGAAUAUUUAUCACGGCUGCAAGCACAUCCAGUCAAAUCGAUGUACUCAAAACUGCGGCUGCUAUGUCGGACUUUAGCCGGAAACAAUGUAUAUUACUUGACAAUCACUGCUCCGCAAAACUGUAGCGAUAUGGAACCAAAAAAGAAGAAGGCAGUAAUAAUAACAGCUCGAGUACAUCCAGGGGAAAGCCCUUCUUCGUGGAUGAUGAAAGGAUUUAUGGACUAUUUGACUGGAGAUACGAAUCAAGCUCGGGAACUAAGAGAGAAAUUCAUAUUCAAACUUGUUCCUAUGCUAAAUCCCGAUGGAGUCAUUGUCGGCAAUAACCGUUGCUCUCUGACCGGAAAAGAUCUUAAUAGACAAUAUCGAACAGUAAUAAGAGAAACUUAUCCCCCUGUGUGGCAUACCAAAGUAAUGAUACGAAGGUUACAGGAAGAGUGUGGGGUGGCAAUGUUUGUGGAUUUACAUGCGCACUCGAGGAAACAUAAUGUAUUUAUUUACGGAUGUGAAAGCAGAAAAAAUUCCGAAAAACGUUUGCAAGAACAAGUUUUUCCUUUGAUGCUACAUAAAAAUGCAGCUGACAAGUUUUCAUUUGAAAAUUGCAAAUUUCGAAUUCAACGCAGCAAAGAAGGCACAGCCAGAGUUGUUAUAUGGAUGUUAGGAGUUGCUAAUAGUUACACAAUGGAAGCAUCGUUUGGAGGAUCAGAAUUAGGUAGUAGAAUGUCAACACAUUUCUCCGCUCAAGAUUACGAAAGCCUAGGUCGAACAUUUUGUGAAACUCUCCUUGACUUUUAUGAUGAAGACCCAAGUAAAGAAAAAUUAAGAACGAAAAUAGUAACUCGUCUACUGAAAGAGGGAUCAAACGCUGAUGAACCAACAAAUAUUGAUCUAUCAGAUUAUUCAAGUGAUGAAGGGGAUACAUCUAGCAGCAGCUCAGAAGCUGGUCCUCCAAGAGAGCGUGCGAGUAAAACUCAACUUGCUCCACCGCCGUCACCUAUUCUACCCGAUAUUAACACAGAUUUUAAACCCAGAAAACAAAGACUUAUACUCGAAAAAAUAAAUAGGGUAGAGAAGAAAAAAACAAAAAGGGAAACUUUACAGGUUUCGAGAGCAACAAUAGACUUGACUUCUGAUGCUAUGACAGACGCAUCGUCCGAUUGUGAUUCUUUUGAAGAAAAUAUCAGUCCUGUAAGGAGAGUACGGAAAAUGUUACACAGUUCCGGAAAACAAAAACCACGUAGAAAAAAGAAAAUGCCGCCAGAACUCAAAAUUAUUCCAGUUCCAACAAGUGAUUCGCCAUUUAACUCAGAUCGUGAAAGAAAAUAUACAAAAGGGAGUAGACCAAGAAGUGUCUCUAUGAUAACUGAACCACUAAAUAGACCCAAAUUGAAACCAGCUUCAUGGCAUCAAUUUCAUCAAUUACCACCUUCUAAGGGCCUAUCAGAAAUAAAAAGCCGGAAUAAUCCAUCUGAAUUACAAGUGAAAUUAAAUUUGUUAAAGAAAAACAUUUGGACUGGAGUACAAAAUGAAGAGAAAGAGCCUCUGUCAUGGGGAAUUUCGAGUUUUGCUAUGAAUUCUUAUUUUACAGACAGCGAAGCCUUACUCAGAUCAUGUUCUAAAAAGUUAGAAGAAUUAGAAGAUGAACGGAAAAGAAGUAAAGAUGAGAAAAAGAAAAAGAAACUAAAGACAAAGAAGAUUUCUGUAAAAGUGCCAAAUGCUGAAGAAGUUAUAGAACCUAUCAAUAAAACAUCAAAAUCAAACAAGAAAAAGGGAAAGUUAAAACAUGCAAAAUCAGAAAGUAUAUCGCAUAUGAACAGUACUAGUUUUACAGACAUACCUAGGAAUACUCAACCACAAAAUAGGCAAGCCAAAUCAGCGUUCAGGAAAGGUGCAUAUGUGGCCACUGCAAUUCAAACAAAGAAAAAUAAUCAGAAAACAAAUACAAUAAUAUCAGAAAAUUCAGAUUCAGAUGCAUCUGUGCAAAUCACAAAAAAAGUUAAGAAAAAGACCAAGGUAUCUAGGAACAAACUACAGAAAGCAGCUACUGAAAAUAGACAGAAAUUCUAAGAAUCAUAAUUGUUACAAUUAUGUAUCAUUAAUAUAAUUUAAGCAAUAAUUAUUUUACCCAUAAUAUUUCAGGACCUUGUAGCAUGACUGAUAUAUUUAUACUAACAUAAGCAUUUUUUUAAUUUGAGUAGUUUUUUCUACUCAAUUUUAAUAGAAUUCUUCCUGUAGUGUUCAUGUAGACUUUUAAGUUUACUGUUACAUAGUUAUAACACAUUUUAGGUAUUCUGUACAUUGCCUAGGUAUUGCAUAGAAUACCUAAAAUACUUGUAUAUGAUCAUAACAAAAAAUUGUUACAACACUGCCUCUUAUAUUUAUGUUAGUUGUUGUGAAAUAAUCAAGGUUGUAAUUUAAUCACAUUGUUAAUCUGCUUAGACUGACUUAAUUGCUUAUUAAAACAAAACAUUAAUUUGAAAAUUUAAAUAAUUUUAAGUAAAGAAGUAUGACCACAAAGAUGUUCCUGAUUGUAUUUUUAUGAUAGUAGUAAUAAUUUUUUAGAAGAAGUUCUAUUUGUGACAGAACUUGUCUGGAGAAGUACUAAGUACAUUGGCCAUGCUUGUUUCUACCGCCAAGCAGUUGGUGUGUUCCGGUUUGAGGGCAUGAUUGUCAGUGUUAUUAAAGGCACAUGAAGCUACACCUACACCUACACCUAAGGUUGGCUUAUGCCAACAUUAUGGCUGUCCUUUGGUGAAUGUGUUCCUUGCAAGCCCUUUGAAGUGUUACGCUUUAAACAAGAGCCCAUUUUUCACUUAAUAUAAAGAGGGCUAUCUGCUUGACCUACAAAUUUUACUUUAAAAAAUAAGCAUUGUUCUUAUGAUAUCAUCACCUUAGCAGCCAAUGUAAGUCCACUGCAGGACAUAUGUCUUUUGUAGACCUGGGACCUUUAAACAUCACAAUCCUGAGCCUCUUGCUUUCAGAGAAUCACUGCAACUCGCUUGAUGUUGUCAGUCCACCUGGUCAGACGUCAACCUGCACUGCACUUCCUAGAGUGGUUUAGCCAAGUUUAUCAGCUCUUCAUAUUGUGUGCCCUGCCCAUUGCCACUUGUCCAGAACCAAUGUCAGUGACUUUGAUUCUUCUGCCAAAUAAACUCGGUCACAAGUAUGUUCUCUUGAAAAAUAUUGUAAGUUUUCAAUUAUUUAUUUUUAUUGAGCAUACAGUGGUUGUGACUAAUGGAUGCAAUACUUAGUGUUCAUGUACCAUAUUUAUGUUGAUAGUAGAAGAUUUGAAACUGUAUGUGCAGUGUAUACAAAUUUCUUGUUUCCUAGAUUACAAAGCACACUUUAUACAACUUUAUAAUUUAAUGUAAUAAGAAUUUAACUGCUUUGUUUUAAUAAAACUGUUUAUAUUAUAAAGUAAAUCUGUUAUUUAAAAUUUUCAUUCUAGAUAAACCUCAUCAAUUGGUUAAUUUUAUUUCUUCUUGACCCAGUUAGUAAGAUAACUCAGGUACU